GCAGUCCACACGAACACGAUGCUCUUAUCUCUUCUAAUGCGACGGCGCUUCUUCUUCUCCUUUCUUCUUCUUCUUCUUUUUACCUUUUCUAUUAUUUCAUUCAAACUGCACUUAGCUUCCUUCUACGCCGCAAGUGUGUGGUCACAUUUGGAAGUGAGUACAUACAUAUAUUACAUGUAUGUAUGACAAUGUUGGGUGCACAUUCAAUGUUGUUAUCCCAUCAAGAAUUAGGCACUGUCUCUCCAAGUGUAUGUAUAAAAGUAGGUCUUAAAGUUACAGGUGAUCUAAGGUUUCACAGAACAAGAGGGUUUCAAUAUCCUCCUAGUGUGGUAGUGCUCAAAGUAAUGUCCACCACCAGAAAGCCAACACCCUUGCGCUUGUUAAGACCUUAUAGACUUUCUUGUAGUUUGGGGCGACAACACCAUGAAGGGAAAGUAGAUUCUUCUUCCACUCCUAAAAAUAUACCACGGGUAUUCGAAUUUGCUGUCGACAGAAUGCUUGUUUUUCUCAAAGAUUGGAGUUAUUUACCCAUCAUGACAAUAGCUGGCAUCUUGGUAUGCAUUUUAAUGAUCAUUCCAUCAGCUAAUGCUGUUGACGCUCUCAAAACUUGUGCUUGCUUGCUUAAGGAAUGCAGGAUAGAACUGGCUAGGUGUCUUUCAAACCCAUCAUGUGCUGCCAAUAUUGCUUGUCUCCAAACUUGCAACAAUCGACCUGAUGAGACCGAAUGCCAAAUUAAAUGCGGGGACCUGUUUGAAAACAGUGUGGUUGAUGAGUUCAAUGAGUGUGCAGUCUCGAGGAAGAAAUGUGUACCUAAGAAAUCUGAUGUGGGAGAAUUUCCUGUUCCAAAUCCUGAUGUCCUUGUCAAGAGCUUCAACAUUGCAGAUUUCAGUGGCAAGUGGUUCAUCACUAGUGGCUUAAAUCCUACCUUCGAUGCCUUUGACUGCCAAUUACAUGAAUUUCACACAGAAUCCAACAAACUUGUGGGUAAUAUUUCAUGGAGAAUACGAACUCCUGAUACUGGAUUUCUUACUAGGUCAGCUGUGCAGAGAUUUGUGCAAGAUCCUUCUUAUCCUGGGAUCCUAUACAAUCAUGAUAACGAGUACCUUCACUAUCAAGAUGACUGGUAUAUCUUGUCAUCCAAGAUUGAGAAUAAACCAGAUGAUUACAUAUUUGUAUACUACCGAGGCAGAAAUGAUGCAUGGGAUGGCUAUGGUGGUGCUGUUGUGUACACAAGAAGUGCAGUUUUGCCUGAAUCUAUAAUCCCUGAACUCGAUAAAGCGGCUAAGAGUGUGGGAAGAGACUUUAGCCAGUUCAUCAGGACAGAUAAUACAUGUGGACCAGAGCCUUCCUUGGUGGAGAGGAUAGAGAAAACGGUAGAGGAAGGAGAGGAGACCAUUGUGAGGGAAGUUGAAGAGUUAGAAGGAGAGGUAGAGAAGGUGGGGAAAACAGAGAUCUCGUUGUUUCAGAAGUUGGCGGAAGGGUUCAAGGUAUUUCAAGAAGAUGAGGAAAAUUUCUUAAGAGAGCUAUCAAAAGAAGAAAUGGACAUACUUAACGGACUCAAAAUGGAAGCAGGUGAAGUAGAAAAGCUCUUUGGACGGGCCUUGCCGCUAAGGAAACUAAGAUAAGUCUGAAAACCAAGUCCAAGAUAACUUGGCAUCAUAGUUUUGUUUAAUCAUCUUGAAUUUCUCUUUGGUUUUAUAUUCAUUAAUUAUGCUGCAUGGAUUCAGAUUAUCAUCGUUGUAUAGACUCAAGAGUAUUGUAUAGGUUUUAAUACUUGUGCUAUUUUGUACUUGAAUAUAUUUGGUUUGGAAGCCUUCUUAAUUCUAAUAUAGUCUAAACAUC